AGGUCCAGGUCCAGGUCCAGGUCCAGGUCCAGGUCCAGGUCCAGGUCCAGGUCCAGGUCCAGGUCCAGGUCCAGGUCCAGGUCCAGGUCCAGGUCCAGGUCCAGGUCCAGGUCCAGGUUCAGGUCCAGGUCCAGGUUCAGGUCCAGGUCCAGGUCCAGGUCCAGGUCCAGGUCCAGGUCCAGGUCCAGGUCCAGGUCCAGGUCCAGGUCCAGGUCCAGGUCCAGGUCCAGGUCCAGGUCCAGGUCCAGGUCCAGGUCCAGGUCCAGGUCCAGGUCCAGGUCCAGGUCCAGGUCCAGGUCCAGGUCCAGGUCCAGGUCCAGGUCCAGGUCCAGGUCCAGGUCCAGGUCCAGGUCCAGGUCCAGGUCCAGGUCCAGGUCCAGGUCCAGGUCCAGGUCCAGGUCCAGGUCCAGGUCCAGGUCCAGGUCCAGGUCCAGGUCCAGGUCCAGGUCCAGGUCCAGGUCCAGGUCCAGGUCCAGGUCCAGGUCCAGGUCCAGGUCAAGGUCCAGGUCCAGGUCCAGGUCCAGGUCCAGGUCCAGGUCCAGGUCCAGGUCCAGGUCCAGGUCCAGGUCCAGGUCCAGGUCCAGGUCCAGGUCCAGG